GUUUAUUCCAACCUGACAUAACUUGUGCUUCAGCUUUUGGCUGCGAUACAACUACCGUCGGGCAAGCCCUUUGGCUCAGCAGCUCCUUUUCGCCAGUCACUUGGUUGCUGCAAAGCACAUUUAUAUCAAACUUUCUGCCUCAUCCUAAUUUACGGCCGCCCUCUUGCCGCCAAGCCGCCGAGCGCCUUUGGAGGCUGCUGCUCACACCCUGCCUCUGUGCUUGGCUUACCUAACCGACACAUCCAAUGGCGACAAGAACUCAGUUUGAGAACUCGAAUGACGUUGGCGUCUUCGCCAAGCUGACGAACGCUUACUGCAUUUGCGCUCUGGGCGGCGCGGAGAACUUCUAUAGCGUCUUUGAGGCUGAGCUGAGCGACCAUAUUCCCGUCAUUAAGACGUCGGUCGCCGGCACUCGCCUGGUUGGACGCCUCACGGUCGGCAACCGGAACGGCCUGCUGCUACCAAACACCACAUCCGACCAGGAGCUGCAGCACAUACGCAACUGCCUGCCGGAUGAGGUGGUGGUGCAGCGCAUCGACGAGCGGCUGUCGGCGCUGGGCAACUGCAUCGUGUGCAACGACUACGUCGCGCUCAUCCACCCCGAUAUCGACCGCGAGACGGAGGAGAUCGUGGCGGAUGUGCUGGGCGUGGAGGUGUUCCGCCAGACUGUCGCCGGCAACGUGCUGGUCGGCAGCUACGCGGCACUGACCAACCAGGGUGGCCUGGUGCACCCCAAGACGUCCAUCGAGGACCUGGAUGAGCUGUCCUCGCUGCUGCAGAUCCCGCUCGUGGCCGGAACCAUCAACCGCGGCUCCGACGUCAUCGGCGCCGGGCUAGUAGCGAACGACUGGGCGGCGUUCUGCGGGUUAGACACGACAUCCACCGAGCUGAGCGUGAUCGAGUCGGUGUUCAAGCUGCGCGACGCGCAGCCCAUGAACAUCGUCAACGACCUGCGCGCCAGCCUGAUCGACACGAUGGCGUAAAGCCGGCAGCGGACAGCGGUGUGGGAUACGGUGUGGGGAGGCCGUGGUGGGAGGCGGGUGGUGUGGACGAUGGGGGCGGUGGUCGGAGCGUGCGGUAGAUGAGGGGUUGAGCGCCGCAGUAGCAGCCUGGCGGCAGCGGAGCCGGCGGAGGCGGAGGCGAGGGCCGCGGCAUGGUGGCAGUGGCCUGGUGGCACCGGCACCCGCAGCCGACGUGCGGGCGCGGUACUGCAGGCAGCGGCUGUACAUGCAGCUGGAGCUGCGGCGGCGGCGGCGGAGGCGGCGGUUGCAGCGGGGAGCGGCUGUAGCAGCAGCGGCUGCUGGGGCCACAGCCGGAGCGGCGGUAGGAGCGGCGUGUUGAGGUUCUGGCGUGCGUUCCUGGGCCGCAGGCGGGCAGGUGGAGCGGGUGAUGAGCGAACACGCUGGGGAAGAGCGUGUGCAGAAGGUUGGGCCCUGGGCGUGUGUGUGCCUGUUGCUAGCAGGGAGCGUUUUUGCAGGGAUUGGCUGCAGCCACGCUUCAUGACUGCGGGGCAGGCCGGGGCCCGGACUGGGCACGGCAUGGUCGCAUGCCGGCGGACGGGGGUGUUUGCUUGAGCGGCUGCCACACUGCAAGCGUGCAAGCCGCCGGCUUGGGCUGAGGUGUCACCUUGAGUGGGUGGGUGUUUGCGUGUGUUCGUGUCUGUGCAGCACGCGACUGGUAGUGUUUGUGCGCGGGUGCGCUGCGUUCGUUUUGCGAGCGCGCCUUGCGCCGCCGCCAGCCGCUGAUGAGGCAUGACCGGGAGGAUUGGUUAGCAUGACACAUCGUGCACACAAACACGCCUCCUUAUGACUUGGAAGCAGGUGCGGCAGUUGCAAUCGGUAGGUGGGUAGCAUGCUUCACAGCACGAAGAGCUUUAUUGCUGUCGUUUGUUUUUGGGCCAUCUGCCCCUUUUCGUUUGUGGGAUGGUUAGUGCGGCAAGUGCAAUGUAUCUACAUGGCGAGUUGGGCGCUAUUAUGUCUCCGGUCGAAGGGAGCAGGAAGCAAGAGAGUCACUGGUUGUCAUAAAACGUACGCCCUUCAGGCACGCUAUGCUGUAGUUAGUUGGUAAGGCUGGGGCUGCUCAGAGCGCUGGCAGCGGUGCAGCACACGGGCGGUUGUGUGAGGGCUAGCUGACUAGGGGAGGUAGGACUGGCAGACGAUGAGCUCACGAGCAUAUGCGUGGGCUGCAUGCUGGCGCGUGCUGGCCGUUGGCGCGUGGAUGCCGUUGAUGACUGGUGGUCUGUAAAGCGAAGGACGAUUGAAAGAU